CUGGAGAAAUCACUUCAGGCUUUCAGAAAUCAGACCAGAGACUGUACAAAACAUGUCUCAUCACCGGUCCAGACUGGGUGCACAAAAGCUCAUAGUGGGGAUGCUUUUGACCUGUAUCACUAUGAUGUUUUAUGGCUUUUCCACACCCACACUCCAAGACAACACACAGAGACUUCUCAUGCCAGAUCCAUGUACAAACCAAACCCUUACAGUGCAAGAGAAGGAAGCCUCUUUGAGCACAGGUUUAACAAAGCAUUGUAUCCCAAAAGUAAACCUCAUGUUCUUGAAGACACACAAGGCAGCAAGCAGCACUAUCCUAAAUAUUCUCCUGCGUUUCGGGGAGAAGAACGGCCUGAAAUUUGCCCUCCCCCACGGUCGCAAUGAUUUCUCUUACCCAUCUCCAUUUCUUCGCACGCAUGUGAAGGACUACAGGCCUGGUGCAUGCUACAACAUCAUUUGCAACCACAUGAGGUUCAAUGCACAUGAGGUUGAAGCGCUUCUUCCAGAGGAUGCCUUCUUCUUCACUAUCCUUAGAGACCCUGCUAUGGUUUUCCAGUCUUCAUUCCAUUACUAUAAUAGGGUUGUGCCCUUGACAUGGGGAAUCCAUGGUGAGGAUAAACUGACAGCCUUUUUAAAUUCUCCCAAGCGCUACUUCACCCCAAAUGGAUUUAACUCCUUUUAUUUAAAGAACUUACAGUUUUUUGACCUAGGCUAUGAUAACACAUUGGAGCCAGAAGAACCUGAGGUGGAAAGUGCCAUCUCGGACAUAUCAAAACGCUUUCAUCUCAUUCUGAUCACUGAACAUUUUGAGGAAUCCCUAAUCCUGCUUAAGGAGGCUCUCUGCUGGAAAAUGGAUGACCUGCUAUUCUUCAAUAUGAAUGCCCGGAGACCUGCCAGCAUAUCCCAGCUCACGCCUGACCUCAGGGCCAAGGCACGCAUGUGGAACGGAGCCGACUGGAAGCUGUACCGCCACUUCAAUGCCACACUGUGGGCCAAGGUGGAUGCCUACGGCCGGAAGCGGAUGGAGAGGGACGUGAAAGAGCUGCACAGAUGGAACAGAAAGAUGGCAGCUAUCUGCAUCAGUGGUGGGAUGGCCGUGGAGGAGGGGGACAUAAGGGAUGAAAGCAUGAAGCCAUGGCAGCCUGUAGGGGAGAGCUCUAUUUUAGGAUACAAUCUGAAGAGCAACAUUGAGGAGAUAUACAGGGAACUCUGCCAAAAGAUGCUCACGCCUGAGAUUCAGUAUCUGUCCGACCUUGGAGCCAAUCUGUGGCUCACCAGAAUUUGGGGAAGACUCAAAGCAGUUUUAGCAUUAUAACAAAAAUACGGU